UAGAUUAGCUUUAUUUGCUCACUGUGAAGAUGGACCUGGAAUCCCAGUGGAUAUUAUACUUUUUGAUAUAUUUUCACAGCAGGUGGCUACAGUGAUACAGUCUAGACAAGACAUGCCUUCAGAGGAUGUUGUAUCUUUACAAGUCCUUCUCAUUAAUCUUGCCAUGAAAUGUUACCCUGAUCGUGUGGACUAUGUUGAUAAAGUUCUAGAAACAACAGCAGAGAUAUUCAAUAAGCUCAACCUUGAACAUAUUGCUACCAGUAGUGCAGUUUCAAAGGAACUCACCAGACUUUUGAAAAUACCAGUUGACACUUACAAAAAUAUUUUAAUAGUCUUGAAAUUGAAACAUUUUCACCUACUUUUUGAGUACGUUGACUAUGAGUCCAGAAAGAGCAUGAGCUGUUUCUGGACUUUGUCUCUCAAGACCGGGUGGAUUACAUAAUGAAUUUGGUAUCCACAUUGAUUCAAGAUCAGCCAGAUCAACCUGUAGAAGACCCUGAUCCAGAAGACUUUGCUGAUGAGCAGAGCCUUGUGGGCCCUUCAUUCAUCUGCUGCGCUCUGAGGACCCUGACCAGCAGUACUUGUUGUUCACCGUGGUAAGACUACGCUGGAAAACUGUGUGCUGCAGUGUGAGAUGACCGGAGUAACAGCGCGGACAUCAGCGGAGUUUCUAAUGAAGAACUCGGAUUUAUAUGGUGCCAAGGGUGCCGGUAUAGAAAUCUACCCUGGGAGUCAGUGCACCCUGAGUGACAAUGGGAUCCACCACUGCAAAGAAGGGAUCUUCAUUAAGGACUUCUUAGAUGAACAUUGUGACAUUCCCAAGAUAUCCAUGGUGAAUAAUAUAAUACAUAAUAAUGAAGGUUAUGGUGCUGUCUUGGUGAAACCUACAGUCUUCUCUGACCUGCAAGAAAAUGCUAAAGAUGGAACUGAAAAAAAUAAAGCACUUAAAAUUCAGACAGGUGGAGAGCCAGAUGUGGCUGAAAGAGUGGAUCUAGAAGAGCUGAUUCAGUGUGCAACUGGUAAAAUGGAGCUUUAUGUAAGAACUGACCCUUCUGAGCAAGUCGAGGGAAAAUUGUAAAUGAACUAAUUGCUGCCUCCACACAAAAAGGCCAGAUGAAGAAGAAAAGGUUGAGUGAACUGGGGUCACGCAAGCUGAUGACAACUUAAUGUCACAGGAGAUGUUUGUUGGGAUUGUGGGGAACCAGUUCAAGUGGAGUGGGAAAGACAGUUUUGGCACAUUUCUUUUCUGACCACAGGGAUGUAAGUAGAUAGCAAAAUACUGGAUUUUGCACAUGCUGCCAUAAGAAUCACUGUUGCCAUUGUAGUUUGCUGUAAUAUCUGUAUUUUAUAUUUGAUUAUUUGGGCUUGAGUGAAAGGUAGAUUUAUUUCCAUUUGCAGAUGUUGCACGUAAAACACUCCCCUUUAUAAGAAAGAUGAUAAACACAUAUAAAAUAGAAAAUAUUUGGAGAUUGCUUAUCUGAAAGUCUUGCUUUCUUAUACACAUGGUUCUCUCAUAUUAAGCCUGGUAGUAACUUUUUAGUGUAAUUACCUUUAGCACUUCAAAGACGAGGAAGAAAGGAAGGGAAUGCAAGACUAGUGCAUAAAAAUGCAGUAGGUGUCAUAUGUAUAGCGUUCUUCUUAGAGUUGCCUUUUCAUCCCAAUUACAGUGAGUCUGAUUUCCAUGCUGUAUUUGCAUAAUACUUGUCUUAAAAUAAAAGCUUUUGUGAUUGGGAAUGUAUCUGCCUAAUUAGACUUAUUAUUGAGACUGUCAAUGGGAUGCAUUUUUCUGUUGAGCUAUGCAGUCAUCAAAACAGCGAUAGACAGCACAGGAGGUUUGAAGCAGAAAUGAAAUGUGUUAUUCAGAGCCAAUGUUGUAAAUAGAGUAUUUUCACUAUUGCUGA